ACGGGCACACUGCGACCAAUGGAAAACGCCGGUCGAAAUUCAAUAUGAUGAAGCUUUUGAUUCUGAUUUUCACAACUGAAGGAAAUUCUUAAAGAAAAACUUCUGACAUUCAAGAUCUCGGCGGAAAAUGGACGCGAAGGGCUUUGUGGAGAUAGACGGCUCCUUUUUGGAGGGCGGCGGACAGGCGCUGCGCAACGCUCUGAGCCUCAGCUGCAUUUUGGGCAAACCGGUACGUGUGGUCAAGAUCCGGGCCAAUCGUCCCAAGCCGGGACUCUCGCACCAGCACCUGCACGGGGUGAACUUGCUGCGGGACAUCUGCAAUGCGGAUGUGGUGGGCAACAGCCUGCUCUCCACCGAACUGGAGUUCUCGCCACGCGCCAUCCUGGGGAACACGUACCGCGUCGAGACACACACGGCGGCCAGCAUCACCCUGAUCUACCAAAUGGCCCUGCCGGUCCUGCUCUUCGCCGGACGUCCGUCCCGCCUCUUCGUGUCCGGGGGCACGAACGUCGCCUUCGCCCCCCAGGUGGAGUACAUGCAGCAGGUGCUGCUGCCCAACCUGAAGCCCUUUGGCGCUAGCUUCGACCUGAAGGUCCAGCAGUACGGAUUCUAUCCGCGCGGCAAGGGAAGCUGCCAGUUGGACGUGCAGCCGGUUGCCAAGCUGGACGCCGGACAGUUCCUGGACUUUGGCCACCUCCAGUCGGUCAGCGGAGUGGCCUUUACGGCUGGCCGUCUGCCCAUGAGCAUCGCGAUAGACAUGCAGCGGACGGCGCAGCGCGAGAUCCAUCGCCACUGGCCGGACGAGAAGUGCAGCAUCCAGGCGGUAAAGCAUUCGCAGGAGAAGGCCCAUGACAACGGAGCCGGCAUCCUUAUGACCGCCAUCACGUCCGGCGGCUGCGUCCUGGGCGCCGCAUCGUUGGGUGAGAAGAGGGUCGACGGACAUGUGCUUGGCUCUGAGACCUCCGGCCAGCUAGCCGAGUACUUGCGCAAGGAAAUCUGCGUGGAUGACCACAUGCAGGACCAGCUCAUCAUCUACAUGGCCCUGGCCGUCGGCCUCUCCAGGAUGCGCACUGGACCGCUAAGCAAGCACACACGCACCGCCAUCCAUGUGGCCGAGCAACUGACAGGCGUCAAGUUCGACGUGGCGGUGGAGUCUGGCGGCCAAACGAUAGUCACCUGCGAGGGUCUGGGACAACGCAACGAGAUGCUUUAACAAUCGAUCUUUACUCUACGGUAAUCUUAAAUUAAUGUCUACAUAUAUGGAGAAUAUACGUGGUCCUAGAGGCGCCGGAAAAUGGCCAGGAAA